GUUUUAUUAUUUUUCAACCAAAGAAUCAACAUCAUGUGAUAAAUAUCUGGAAAGGUUUAUGAAGAAAGUCCGCUACGCUAUAGUCACGCCAGUAUUUUUGCCGACACUUUUUUCUUGAAAUCUUGAAUUUGAGAUAUGGCCUUUGAAAUAGCAAGAUCGUCCUGGUUAUAUCGACAGAGUUCAAUAUUGAAAAGAUGGAAGAGUAGUUGGUUUGUGCUCUAUAAGAAUGGAAUGAUGAGAUUCUUCGAUUCUCCUGAUAAGCAUGUUGCUGAGGAGGUAUAUUACAUAUCAAAAGAUUGUUUGGCCAUCCGGAGAGCCCAAUUUGUAUCGAGUUAUACACCUCCUAGCCAUCGUUCAACAACUUGUUUGUUUGAGGUUGUAUUGAAAAAGGAAACGCUGGUUUUGUGUGCCGAUUCUCCUGAUGACAUGGAAGCUUGGUGUAUUGCUCUUGAACAAGCCAAGGAUCUCGGUCCACCCAGGUCUAGGAGUGUUCCUCCAAAUUCAAAUAUAGUAUACCAAUCCUAUGGCGCAGGGCAGGACUUAAUUAUUCCGGAUUCUGGACAAAUUGUUGUCCAUGCCGAUGGUCCUGUACCUCAUGGACAACCUCGAGCUUAUUUGGUACGAGGAACGCCGGGAAGUCAGAUUGUGCAUUACCCAAAUAAUCAAAUUGUAUAUGUUUCGGAUCCCUAUUACAAUCGUUAUCGUGGAGGUGACAUGGCUCUGGGAAUGAUGGCUGGCGCAGCAACUGGAAUGGCUUUGGGAUCGUUAUUUUGGACCCCUCUCUUCUUUUUUUGA